AUGUCCAGCAACCGGCCUUUUUUAGCCAACUUCCUUGCCGCCUUCCGUGCCCAGUCCGCCUAUAAGGCUGGGGCCUCUCAACCCACAGGCACAACCUCGCUCUCCUCAGCACAGAUAUCCCAGAAUGCUCGCGCAAUAGCCACCAAAGCCGCCAACUCUGGCUCUGGCUCUGCUGGCCCAUCAGGUUCCGCUUCAGCGUCGGCGUCGGCGUCAACAUCUCACCACUCGGGCGCAACCGCAGCGCCGGCUACAUCCUCUGCCUCACAGCCGCCUCACCACUACCAUCAUGAAUCACCUCUAGCUACCUCCCUCGCCCACGCCCGCCUCUGCGACUCCAAUCCCCAUCACCCGGAGCGCAGACCGGCAGCGUCGCGGCAGCGACAGCUCCAGUGGCUCGGGCGGCUUCCGGGAUGCAAUGGGCCCAGAAAAGUGGUACAUCGGCGGCCGUACACCGGCCGGUGA